AUCAUCUUCAUCAGCUCGAGCGCUCUCCAUUAGCAAUCACGCCAAACCCUUCCACUACCCCUCUUGAGUUCAGUUCUCUUUGUUUCUCACAAGGCAAACAUGGGAAUCGUUACCUACUCGAUGGAGAUCACAAGUGCUGUCGCACCGUUGAGGAUGUUCAAGGCUUUAUUCCUUGAGUCCCACGAUAUCCUACCAAAGAUUGUUCCCGGGGGCAUUAAAAGCAUUGAGUUCAUUGAGGGAGAUGGCGGAGUUGGUAGCAUCAAGAAAACCCACUUCGGUGAAAGCUCACACAUCAAGUACACGAAGCACAAGAUCGAGGCUCUCGAUGCAAGUAGCUUUUACUGCAAAUAUACUAUGAUCGAAAGUGAUAUCAAGUUCGACAAGAUUGACUUUGUCACGGAGGAAGUGAAAUUCAUCGCGGCUGGUAGUGGAUGUGUUUGUAAGAUGACCAGCGAGUUUCACGUUCAGGAAGGUUGUGAGCUGAAGGAGGAGGACAUUAAGAAGGGUAAAGAUAGAGCUAUGGGAUUGUACAAGACUGUUGAGGAGUAUCUUGUGGCCAACCCUGAUGUUUGCGCCUAAAUGCUUUUUUCAAGAUCCUUUCUGAGUUAUGAUAUAGCAAAGUGAGUGGAAAGUUUGUAUUGUAAAUUCUGUUUCCCCUUUGGUUGUGCCUCGGAGCUUUUGGGUGAGGAAAGUUUAUUCUGGGAUUUUUAUGUUAUAAAGGGUUUGAUGGUUGUGUGUAAGGCCACGCCAAAAAUAAAACUUGAAGGAGCAAUGAGCAAUCCAAUAAAUUAUGGAUUUUGGCCAAGAAAAGAUCUCCCUUUAUGGCCAUGAAGGUGAA